AUGCCUUCUUCAGCCCACGGUGGCAGUGGGAGCCGCACUAGCUCACCCGGAUGUUCCCCAAAGACUGUUGGAACCUUUGAUUUGGAUGGGGUCCCAGUAGCUUGGGACAAUGAACCUUCGAUCAGAGAGCGCAUCAGGGGGAACAAGAACCUUUGCCUUGCCUAUGAUGAGACAGGUGAGCCCGCCUGUGGAAAGGUUGAUGCAUCCUUGGAGAAUGUGAAGCUGAAUAGUGCCGUUCUGAAACCAAUUCUGGUCAUCAUGGCCUCCUACAACUUGCAACUUCCAUCUAUCGAGGUCUUGAUUUCUGCAGUUGAGCACUUCUUUGUGCUAAGCAAAUUGUCUCGUUCGAUGGAUGCCUGCUACCAGGAGGCAUGGGCAAUUCGCCGCAUGAUCGGAAAGGCCAAAAAGAAUGACUUACCGAAGCUUCCCACCCCAGGACCGUCUGAUUGGCGUCCACUGACUUCACGUGACUCAAACUUGUGCCCACAUGAUGGUGAUCAUGACAGCCAACCACAAGAAGAGGCAAUCCUCAGUCAAAGGUUGGAGUUCCCAGACACCCAAGAUGUUGAGGAACAGCUCGACUCCAUCAUGGACAGUUUGGAGAAAGAGCUUCCUGAAGUGCCUUUACCACCGCCAUCCAUGCCUCAACUCCCAAGUCCUCCGAGGGACCGCGCUGCUGAUGGAGAGGAUGCGCAUCCUGCACCAGUGCCUGGCCAAGCAUCCAGUGGUGGGGAGAAUGGCUCCAAACUGGACCAGGUGGAGGAGAUUGUUGUGGACAUUUCUGACGAUGAAGGAAUGCCAGACAAGCCUGCUGCACCCUUUGCUUUACCGACUAGCAUUGAGUCCGUCAUCAUGCAAGUCCUCCAAGAUCGCUUGGAUCCUAAACCGGAACGAGCCAGCUUUAUGGACCCUAUGUUGCUGCUGUCCGAUUCCAUGCUUCCUUCGGCUGGGCCCUAUGAUGAGACGCAGUUGCCCUGCUCCCCAAACCAGCUUAUGAACAGUGACGUGGCUUUGGAGACCGUGCGGUCUGUGGAGAAGCAUGAUCAGGAGGUCGAGAAUCAGGUGAUGGAAAAUGGUCUUGAUGACGUCAUCAUUCCAGACCAUGAAGUUGUGACAAGGCGGAAGCAAUUCCGCAUGAAGAAGGAUUUGGCUGAACAAAAAAAGAAGAAGAAGCAAGAUAAGAAAGAAGAGAAAGAUAGAAAGAAAGAAGAGAAGGACAAGAAAAAAGCUGAGAAAGCCGCGGCAGCUGAGAAGAAAAAGGCUGACAAGGCUUUGAAACAAAGAGGCCGCAAUUCAAAGGAGAAAGCCAAGGAGCGGCAAAAGAAGCAGCGGAAAGCUAAGAAUGCUGAGCCGGAUCCACAGGCGGCGGCAUCAGCUUCACAGAAUGAUGCAGUGAGGAGUCGAAAGAUGAAAAGACUUAAGAAAAUGUCUUCCUGGCACAAAUCUCACGAGGACUUGGCCGAAGUCGAUGACUCAGCGGCCAAGAAGAAGGAGAAUGGCUCCAAAAAGAAGGAACCUGAGAACCUGCCAAAGGAGAAGAAACAGAAAAAGGCGGUGCCAAAAGAGUCAACAGCAAAGACCAAGACACUGAGCAAGAAGCCAACGAAGAACAAGGGAAUUGCCACUGUGAAGCAAUCUGGGGAAAGGGAUGAGGAGGAGGAGCCAACGGAGAUGAUGCAGCAGAAGGUCCACGGAGGGGAGGUGGAAGAAGGCAGGAUUGAGGGAGACAAGGACAAGACGGAAAGGAAGAAUGAUGCAGCAAGAGUCGAGGAAGAGGAGGUUGAUGACCCGCCGGUUGAUGACGCAAAGGUUGAGAAGAAUAGGAAGCCAAAGAAGCAAAAGAAGGAAGAACCGAAGAAGAACAAGAGUCAGUCAAAGGCCAAGACGGCAGGCAAAAAGAAAGGGAGCUCGACAAAUCCCGUAUCCAGCAGCAAGAAGCGGGCUGCCAAAACACCAGGCGAGCAGCCUGAGAAAAAGGUGAGGAGGUCCAGGGCCUCAAGGGACUCAAAUGAAGGCAUUGAGAAAGAUGCUGCGGUCUCCGACUUGGUACUGCAGACUCUGAAGGAGUGCAAGGCAUCCGAGUGCACGCACCCUUCUUUUGAGAAAGUCCAAGCGAAGCACUCGUAUGUCCAGCCCUACUGGACCCGGAACGCUGCGGGUGUCCUGGUGGAGAGGGAUCUUUUGCCAAACAAGAAAGCGAAGGGCAAGGGCAAAGCGCAGGCAACAGAGCUCGACCAGCAGAAGAAGCCUGAUCCUCUUGGUGAGCACAUGUUGCACUUCUCGAAGGUUCUGAAAGCCUCACAUGAUGCCGCCGUGACUGAUUUCCAAGGUGCAUCGUUGAGGAUCAAGACCAUCUGCGAGAUCGAUGCCUCGGCGGAAGCCAUGGUGACUGGAAGGGAGAAGAUCGGACAAGUAGUGCUGCGCUUGGCAGCCAUGAACGUUCCCAAAGAGCUGACCUUCUUGGAAUUCUUCGCCGGCCAGGGACGGGUAUAUGCCAUCCGCUGGUACAUGGGGCACUACGAUGCAUCCUCGGAGAAGCCGCAGCGCGGGUGGUGUAACAACAAGAAAUUCGACUAUUUGGACCAGGGGCCGUACCGCCGUGGUCCCAAUUCCAAAGCCAAGGCCAAGGCUGCUGCCCAAAAUCUCGUCGUGGUGAAGAAGGAGCCUGCCUCCCCGAAGACAGCACCGACACCACCGCCGGUGCAAGUGGCAGCUGACAUGGUGGAAGUUGAGAAGAAGAAAAAUCUAGAUUUGCUGAAUAGGAUCGCUGAACUGGAGGCACGGUGCCAGGCGAAACAGCAGGAUGCCGAAGAAAAGAAGUCAUCGAAUCUUGAACAGCUUCUCCAGAAGACCUUGUCCCGUGUCACUGAGCUUGAGAACCAGGUGAAGAGUGUAGGCGAGAAGCCACCUGAACCCAAACCUGUUGAGAAGGUAGUACCAACACCUGCACCAGCAUCUGAAGCCGAAGAGCCAGAUGAGAGCUGUGAUGAAGGUGCGGAAUCCGAUGAUGAGGGUAUCACGACACCUUCUGGACAGAAUGUAAAAAUCUCCACAGAUGCUCUACGCAUGCGCACGAGAAGGCUUUGUGAAAAGAAGCCCAGUGGGCGCUGUGCUGUGGAUCCUUCCGUGGCCCAACAGUACAAAGAAGGGGGAGAAGCUAGGGAAGUCUUGGAGAUGGCAUUGUUGGAGUGUUUGGCAAAGCACGGCAUCGGCCGGCAUGCCUAUAAGAAGAUUAAGGACAAGUUCUUGAAGAAGCCUCCAUCUGGCCUUCCUGACAACCAUGUGAACAUCCCAGAUCCAGUGCCAGGAGAGCCGGGUUGCAGGAACAUUCGGGAUGGAGGUGAAAGCAUCAAGUCCGACGAGACGGGACCAUUUAUGGUGUAUCUCGUGUUCCGCUCCUUCCGGGAGAAAUGCUGCGAGAUCAUCAACUUUGCGGCGGCGGACAUGCGAGAUGUGAAAGCAGGCUACUCACUUGACGAGGCCAAGGAUAAGCUGGCCAGCUUCUGGUCAAAGUUUCGAGCAAUUUGCCCUGAACACCAGUUGUGGGCCGACGUGGACUCCAAGAAGAAAGACAUUCACAAAUGUAUACCUUUGUUUCUGCACGGGGACGAGGGUGUCACCUACAAGAAGGGUGGAGUUUUGGUGGUGUCAUUUCAAGGAAAGCCGCUGAAGCGGCUAUGGAAGAAUCUUUUCAUCGUGAAUUGCCUGCCGCGCUGCGGCCGUGACGCGAUGUGUAUCGCCAAAAUUGAUCUCAUUGAGGACAUUACAAAGGCUAUGAUGGUGGCAGAGCGAGAUCGACCCGAGCAGGACUCGCCCAGCGGAGCCCGAGCUCCCGCCGUCCGAGCUCCCGCCGUUGGAGGGCCGGAAGGGCCAAGAGGGCCGCUACGUUCAGCUGGCAUGGAUUGGGAAGGGCCAGAAGGGCAAGCGGUGGUGAUAGCACUCUCAUUCUAUGCCUAUGGCAAUUUUGCAGAGCGCUGGUUGCUGGCUAAAGCGACAUGGAUGAAAGCGACGGCGACAAUCGAGAUCUUCAACCUCACGUACUUCAAACUCAGGAUGAUGAGCGCCGACAAUAUCAGGUCCUCGCAGAAGAUGGUUCGGAGGGGGCAACGGAGCCUGACGAGAGUAGACGAGGACAACGACGGCUGGGAGCCAGAAGCAGGGCCGCGGCAACAACCCCCCUAUAUGGUAUCUCAGCAGAACCAAAUUCUAGAGCUCCGGCAUCAGGGGCUCAGCGGUAUUGUGGACAAUGUGCGGAAGUCGCCUCUGGGCGCAGCUGCACCGCCACCUGUGCCCAGCCCUGCACGGGAGAGUCUGCGGAGCUUUGGCAAUACGGAUCCCUUGCAGCCGCUCAUGGGAAAGAUGCCCAACUGCCUCACAGAGUGUGACUUCGUCCCCGCAGGCGGUCUGAUGGUGACGGAGUGGGAUGAAUGGAAGAUUGUGGAUGGAAGGAUGUGA